AUGUGCCUCCUGUCUCUCACUGACUGGGCGGGUGGGUCCGGGGUACCGGAAGGGGGCGAGGGAAGAGGAACCUGGAAAGCAGGGACUCCGCUGCCUGCGAGAAGGGGCGGGGCUACAAGGCGCGUCGCGGCGGGACUACAAUGGCGGGAAGGGGCGGGGUUACGAGGCGCGCCGGGGGCGGGGAAGGGGCCCCGAGCGGCAUCUAGCUGCCCGCGCAUUGGCCGGAAACCUAGCGCGCCGGCGCCCGGCUUGCACGCGGCAAGGCACUGCGGCGGCGGCGGAGCCGGCUGGGAGGGCGGCGAGGGGCUGUGGCCUGGGCAGCCGAGGCUUACGCAGCCUGUCAGCCAGGGCGCCUACGAGCUCCUGGUGCUUCUGCUCGGCUCCGUGGGACUGCUGGGCGUCGGCAGCAGCCUGCUGGUGCUCGUCCUCUACCUCAAGUUCCCGCGGCUCCGCAGCCCCGCCCGCCUCUUCCUGCUUCACGUCGGCCUCGGCAACCUGCUACCUUCCGUCCUCCGGGCCGCGCUAGCUUUCGCGUUCCGCCCGCGGGGCGGCGUGGUGGGGGGCGCCACGAACUGCGUGUGGGACGGCUUCAGCAACAGCCUGUGGGGUAUUUUUUCCAUUAUCACCCUAACUACACUGGCCUGUGAACGUUAUAUUGGCAUGAUCCAUAACAGAGUGAUCAGUUUUUCCUGGGCCUGGAGGGCCAUUACGUACAUCUGGCUAUACUCACUGGUGAGGUCAGGGUCACCUCUCCUGGGCUGGCACAGGUAUAUCCUGGAUGUGCAUGUACUAGGCUGUGCUGUGGAUUGGAAAUCCAAGGACACCAGCGACUCUUCCUUUGUGCUUUUCUUAUUUCUUGACUGCAUGGUGGUACCUGUGGGUGUCAUUGCUCAUUGCUAUGGCCAUAUUUUAUAUUCCAUUCGAAAGCUCCGUUUUGUUGAAGAUCUUCAGACAAUUCAAAUGUUCAAGAUUUUAAGAUAUGAAAAGAAACUGGCCAAAAUGUGCUUUUUCAUGAUAUUUGCCUUUCUGAUCUUUUGGAUGCCUUAUAUUGUGAUUUGUUUCUUGGUGUUUAAUGGUUAUGGACACCUGUUCACUCCUACAAUAAUAUCUACUGUUUGAUAUCUCUUUGCUAAAUCAAGCACUGUGUAUAAUCCAGUUAUCUAUAUCUUCAUGAUCAGAAAGUUUCGAAGAGCCCUUUUGCAGCUCCUAUGUUUCCGACUGCAGAGAUGCCAGUGACCAGCUAAAGAUCUACCAGCAGUUGGGAGUGAAAUGCAAAUCCAACUCAUUGUGAUGCCACAGAAAGAUAGGGACAGACCAAAGAAAAAACUGACUUUUAACUCUUCUUCCAUCAUUUUUGUCAUCACUAAUGAUGAAUCACUAUCAGUUGACGGUGAGAGAACCAGUGGGUCAUAGGUCGAUGUAAUCCAAGUUUGUCCUUUAUAG